CAGUCAGAGGGAAGGCCGGAGAAAGGCAUGCUGGGAAAGGCCAGAGGCGGGGCGGGAAAAGCGGCGAGCGAGGCGGGAGAACAAACAAGGAGGGGCGGAGGACUACAUUUCCCGGCAACCACUUGGACACUGGAAUUAAAGGGCCAGUGGAGCUUUUUUUAACCUUCAAGAACAGGCAUGGGCUAACUUGGGCCUUCUCUCCAGGUGUUUUGAACUUCAACUCCCACCAUUCCUAACAGCUAGCUUGGGGACCUGGCGGUGCCUGGGUCAUUUGAGAAAGGCAUUGUUUGCCUGUGUUCCAAGUUUAGUCUAGGUCCAGGGUCAGCGGGGUUCAAUGGGUGCAGGUGAAGUACAAUUCCCAUAUGCAAGUCCCAUCAUCCAUGGUCCAUCCCACUCCAAACAGCGCCAGGAUGUAUAGUAGGUCAUGGGGAGUGCGUGUGUCAAGUUUGGUCUUGAUCAAACAUUGAUGGGGGUUGCAGUGGUCUCAGGAAGUGAGUGAAGCUACUGCAAGUCCCAUCAUCCAUGGUCCAAACUCUUCCAAACCACACCAGGAUGUAGAGUGGGUAAUGGGGCCUCUGUGUACCAAGUUUGGUACUGAUCAGUCAUUGAUGAGAGUUGCAGUGCUCUCAGGAAGCCAGUGAAGGUAUUGCAAGUCCCAUCGUCCAUGGUCCAUCCCCCUCCAAACAGCACCCAGGUGUAGAAUAGGACAUGGGGCCUCUAUGUGCUAAGUUUGGUAUUGUUCAGGCAUUGGUGGGGAUUGCAAUGUUCUCAGGAAGUGAGUGAAGGUAUUGCAAUUCCCAUUGUCCAUGGUCCAUCGUACUCCAAACUUCAGCAGGGUAUAGAGUAUCGAAGGCUGCUGAGAUGUCCAAGAGAACCAACAGGGACACACUCCCAGAAGGGGGUUGGACUAAAUGGCCCAAGGGGUCUCUUCCAACCCUUAUUAUUAUUAUUACUAGCUAUGCCCGGCCACGCGUUGCUGUGGCAAAGUGGUGGUGGUAUUGGUUAAAAAUUGUUGUGUAAUUUUUAUUUGACUUUAUUUGCAUUUUUUAUUAAUUUUAUUGUAAGUUAUAUUUUAUUUAUCAUAUUUUAUUAUUUUCUUGUAUUAUUUUUAGUUAUUUUCUGUUAUUAUAGUAUUUUAUUGUAUUAAUUUUUUUAGUGUUCUUUAUUAUUUUUUAUUGGGUUGCUAGGAGACCAAGUUGGAGGAGCCUAAGUCUGCCUGUCCCCUAACUGAACCCUGGCUGUCCCUUGGCUGAGUUGGUUGCUAGGAGACCAAGUGGACAGAGAUUAGCCCUCUAAACUGGCAGCAAUUGGAUAAAAGCAAUUAUUCCUCUCUCACUAAUUAGGACUUUAUUUUUCUUUUCUUUUUGUUGUAUCAACCUAGAGGCAUGGAUGAUGGGUUGUGUUGUCAAAUUUCGAGGUUGGGGGGCCUGUAGUUUUGUUGUUUUGUGGGUCGCCAUGAUGCCAUCACUCUUUUAUAUAUAUAGAUUAUUAUUAUUGACACAAAGACACAGUAUAACACAGCAAACGAGAAAUAUAUGCUGGAUUUCGUAUCACAAAAUCACAAGUUGAACACUUCCCAAGCGUUUAGGACUAUGUGAUGAUAAUGAUGAUGAUUAUUACCAACAACAUUGAGGCUUGGUGGCAUCUGUCAGGGGUGCUUUGCUUGUGCUUUUGGUGCACAAAAGUAGAAGGGGAUUGGACUAAAUGGCCCAAGGGAUCUCUUCCCACCCUCUUUAUUAUUUUUAUUAUGAUUAUGAUUAUUAUUAACAUUGAGGCUGUAUUUGUUCCCAUUUGUUUUUGUUUUUUACUUCAAAAUAAGUGAUAUGUAGUGUGCAUAGGAAUUUCUUUAUAGGGUUUUUCCAACUAUAGUCCAGCCCUCCAACGGACUGACGGACUGUGAACUGGCCCCGUUUAAAAAGUUUGGAGACCCCUGGGUUAAAGCAUUGGUGCGGAUGGAGCCGGCUUCCUUCCUCUCUGGAAAGACAGGAAAGGCUUCUCAUUAUUAUUGUUAUUAUGGGAAGAAACAGGAACCAAAGGGCUGGGCUUUGGCUUGUUUUGAUGCUGCUGUCCGCCUUUGGAGCCACUUUUCAGACAGAAUGGAGCAGGAAGGAUCCAGAGAUGAAGAAGGAUCCCCCGAAAAGGCUUUGCCACCAGAUGAGCGAGAAGCCCUUCGCUGCGAGGAGCGCAUCACAGCACUGCUGGUGACGGUCUCCCGCCUUCACCAACACCUCCAACGCCUCGAGCGGGAGAAAGACAGGGAGCAGGAGGAGGAAGAGUUUUCUGAUCUCUGCUCUGAAUAUACAGCAAGCCUCCCACGAUGCAGUGUGCCGUUUCUGAGCCUGGAAGCGACGAUGCCUCCUCCGGAGAAAAGGCAUCCAGACCUCUUCCUCGCUGCCCUCCAAGCAGUCUCCUCCCUCGAGAACGCGGUCUCCUCUCACCGCAACCGUCGGCCCAGCGCUGGAUCCGGAACAGAGCAAAGUCCCAAUGUGGCUGAGAACUUUGGUGAAAGUCCAGUGGGGUCCCGAAAGGGUUGCCAAAGUCAGCAAUCUUUUGCGCCGAAUCUGGACUUCCUGUCGACAGAGAGCAUCGUCUACAGACAAGAAGUGGCCCUUUGCCGGGAGAGGAAGGCGGCCCUCGAGAAGCAGCUGGGCAUCCGGAAUGAGGAGCUGCAACACUGCAAAGGGACACUCUUGGUUUACGAGGAAGAGAGGGACCGGUUAAGGAGGAAGGUCAAGGAAUUGCAGGAAGCCCUUGCGGAAGAAGAGGGCCUCCAAGAUACAGCCUCCAGCCCUCUCUGCAAACAGGAUCCGGUGGCCAUUGCAACCCAGAAGUUCCUCUGCUGUGUCCGAAACGCCGCCAGCAUCCAGCCAACACCGGGCCUUUCCUCCCAAGAAGUCUCUUCUCCAGCAGAAAUCAAUGGCAAAGACCCCCAGGAAGAGCAAAGGGAUCGGUUACACAGAUCAAUCCGAGGGCUCCAAGAGCUCAACCGAUUCCUGCGGGUGUCUUUAGAGGAGACCAAGGGCCGCGCCGAACGCAUCAGCCUCGCUCUUGGGCGCAGCGAGGCGGGUGGCACCGCCUUGCGCUUGGCUGUCCAGUAUAGCGAAAACUGCUUGGAGGCCUAUGAAGCUCUGCUUUCACUGAUGGCAGUGGAGCGGGAAGAUGAAGGAGGACCUCCUUGUGCAGGCAAACCCAGAGACUCGCCUCACCGGAUGCAGCUGGCCGUGAUGGAGAAAGCACAGCAUUUCCUGCAGAGCCGUAAUGGAGUGGACGAUGGGAGUGUCUGCUCUGAAGAGAACCCUUUGGAGGAGAACAGGGACAGAAAGAAGCUCUUGAGGGGCUACAUCCGGUGCCUGAAAGCCGAGCAGCGCGCCCUGAAGCUCCCUCCAUGCCACACUGGGAUUGAGGCCACAGAGGUAGAAGAGGCAGGUCAAGCUUUGCAAGUGGUCCUUCCUUCCAGAAGUACAUCCUUCACAAUGGAGAAGGAGCAUUUGCUGCAGGAGCUGCAGGCGGCCAGGGAGGCCUUGGCGGACUUAAAGAGCCGGCUGCACCUGGCGGAGAAGGAGAAGGAGUGCCUGGGGCUCCAGACCUACACCCUCCGGUCCCAGGAGGCCGCCUUCCGGCUGAUGGUGCGCAUCCUCCAGGAGGAACGGGACGAGCUUCAAGGAAAACAGCAGCAGUCCCUCUCCUCUGGAGAAAGCAGUCCCAGCAGCAGUGACUCAGAGGAAUACGGACCAAGGGUCAGUUCCAAAAGGGAAACCUUAGGCAAGACGGAAGAGCCCAAAGACCCAGAAGUUCAGGCGAUGGAGCUCCAGCAGUCUUUGCUUCGGCAGAACGCCCUGAGAAGCCGGCUGGGCUCCCUCCUACUGGAGGUGGAGGAGCAGGGCCGGGAGGGCCGGGACCUGGCCGGGCAGGAGGCUGAGCUGGCCAGGGACCUCCUCCAGGCCCACAGCGCCUUGGGGACGGCCUUCCGAAACGCCCGCCUGAAGCAGGAAGCCCAGGUGCAGCAGCUAGAGAGGCAGGUGUCCCUGAUGGGUCACCGCCAUGCAUUGCAGUUGCAGAGCCUGGUGCAGACUCUGCAGGACUUGGGGAGCUUCCGGACUCUUCCGCAAGAGGCAAAGGUCAUCCAGGGGUCAGGAGAGCAACCCUAAAAGAAGGCGGCUGCAGCCAUCUUUAAAGGCCUCAUGGAGGAGCCGGAACCUGAUUGCGUUCUGAUGCAACUCAAAUAACCAGUGCAUCAUUCUGAAACAGACAUGGGCCAACUUGGGACCACCAUUCCUGGCUGGCUCAGACCCUUUUUCUUUCCCCCCUUAAACAGGAAAGGAAAAGGAAAGAGAGGGGGCCUGGGACUGUUGGGGAUAGUAGGAGUUGAAGUCCGGGACAUCUAGAGCCCAAGUUGGCCCAUGCCUGUUCUAAAGGAUGCUGUGUUUAUGAAUGUGCUCUUCCAAUUUGCUAAGGUAAUGGAAGGAUGGCUUUGCGGCACACUGUCUGUAAUACCAUAUCAUAAUAAAUGUAUCGCGCAUCACACUGAUAUGUGCUAUAUUAUGUAAAUAGUGUACUAUAAGUAAAUAGUGUACUAUUUACUUUAAAUAGUGCACUAUAAGUAAACAGUAUAGUAAUAUAUAAUGCUAAUAUUGUGCUAUGCUAGUAAUAUAAUAUAUUCCAUGUACAUAUCAAACCCCGGGAGCGGUGUGAGCAGCCGCUGUUAGCUCCAGCUUCUGCCAACCUAGCAGUUCGAAAACAUGCCAAUGUGAGUAGAUCAAUAGGUACCGCUCUGGCAGGAAGGUAAUGGCGCUCCAUGCAGUCAUGCCGGCCACAUGACCUUGGAGGUGUCUACGGACAACGCUGGCUCUUCGGCUUAGAAAUGGAGAUAAGCACCAACCCCCAGAGUCAGACAUGACUGGACUUAACGUCAGGGGAAACCUUUACCUUACAUAUCAUAUUGAUCAUAUAAUACAAAUAAAAUAUAAUUAUAUAUUACAUGUAAUAUUACUAAUAAUAUUGCAGUAUAGUGGUUUAGUGCAAUAUAGUAAUAUAUAAUACUAAUACUGUAUCGUGCUUUGCUAAUAUAUUGUUAUAUAUAUGAUCGUCAUGUUUUAAAUACAACAUUUAUAUAUAUAUGUAUGUGUGUGUGUGUGUGUAUAUAUAUAUAUAUAUCACACAGUAAUAUGACUAAAUAUUGCAGUAUAGUAGUUUAGAACAAUAUAGCAAUAUGUGAUACUAAUAUUGUGCCAUGCUAUUAAUAUAAUAUAAUGUAUGUACACAUAACUUGUAAGCCACUCUGAAUCCACUUCCGGGUGAGAAGGGCAGGAUAUAAAUGCCAUAAAUAAAUAUGUGAAGCAUC